UGAAGUCAGAAACCGCAUUUUCUAUCGAUUUGGCGAAUUGUUACAAAAUGUCUUAUAUCGGCAGAGACUUCGCGAAUUAUUACGAAACUCCAACAUUUCCAGUGGUAGAUUGGCAUGAAACUGCAGAUACUCAUGUCUUCAAGGCCGACCUUGCUGGAGUGGAUAAAGGAGCAGUUAAAUUAGGAAUGGUAGACGGUGGGAUUCUGGAAAUAAGCGGAGAACGUAGCAUAGAAGGGGGCAAGAAUUAUCUCCGUUGUGAACGCUUCAAAGGGAGGUUCCUGAGGCAUUUCACACUACCUGAGAAUGCGAAUGUGGAUGAGGCGAAAGCUGCCAUGGAAAAUGGAGUGCUCACUGUCACAGUGCCCAAGAAACCUGAUCAAUACAGUGUCAUUGAAAUCUGCUGAAUACAGAGUCUCAAUUUGUCAUCGAAUUCUUGAGUGUUGAUCAAUAAUGUUCUGUUAGGGUUUAUCAAUAAACAAUCUUACCCUGAAGGAACU